UCAACGUUCAACGUUUAACGACGAAAGCAUUCGGCAAGACUAGCAUGAAGUUGCUUCAUCUGAUACAUACAUUAAUCCCCUUCUCUCACCAUCGUUCCACUGUUGCGGACAACUUGACGCCAACAGAACCUGCAGCAUACAUCUAUCGGCUGCCAGUGGAACUUCUACAACGAGUCUUCCUAUUCAUCGUUAACGACACGUCAGCCUGUCCCAUUAUCAACACAUCAGAAUAUUGCACCAUUUCGCUCGAUGUUGCCAGCCCUCCCCUAGUACUUGCCAGAGUGUGCCAUUUUUGGCGAGUCGUUGCAUAUUCAACGCCAGGAGUCUGGUCGCGCAUCCAGGUCGUGCUCCCUGAAAAAGCUAAACAGAAACCAUUUCUUCCAUAUUUCAUUCAGUGUUGGCUUGAUCGCUCCGGUGGGCUUCCCCUCACCCUUAUAAUCAUCGACAAACACUGGUUCGAUGGCCGCCGCAAAUACCGUCGGAUACCAGCGGCGGCAGGCUCUCAACUUCUCGAUAUCCUCUUUUCUGAAAGCCAGCGUUGGCAAACGGUGGUUCUAUCAUCCGUUGAAGACUGGCAUCCUGAUUUCAACACACCUCAGUUGAGAACCUUGGAGUGCCAUCAUUCAAAUAUCAGGAGAUUCAAUGCACCAAAGCUUUCCCGCUUAUACAUUGAUGGCACCUUUUCUUGGACCGUUCCAAUCGGACAGCCCACCCUUACCGGUCGCCGCGCCCCCCUUACUUGCAAAGAUCUACGUCACAUCCAUAUUCCGGCCGCUUCUGCGGUUGCUAUCUGCCACACUAUAGCCAGUUUCCCUAAUCUGGAGACCAUUGUGGUUGAUGAACUUAAAUCCUGCGGUUAUGUUCCUGCCCCUAUAAAUAAUUUGGUGAUGCUCAAAUCGAUGACCAUCCCCCUCUGCUCCGUCUUGCCAGAUAACUACCGGCAAGAGCUUAUCAAAAUAUUCGCUGUACUUCAUCUUCCCAUGUUGCGGAAAUUGACUCUGUUGGGGUCGCCGGAGAAACCACAAGUUGAUUGGCUUUUGGCGAUGCUAGGAGUUGCAUCUUUCCAGGUGCCGGUGGUAGAAUUUCACAUACCGCAGAACAUGGUUCCGUCUGCAACACCGCUGAACAACACUUAUGUGGAAAAUAUUGUACCGUUGCUUUCAUUUGUGGGAGAGGUUAUUUUUUGUGGGUAAGUGUUCUGCCAUCUCGCCUCACGCACUUCAUCAUGUGAACUAUACAGUAUCGGAAUUAGCUACGACAAG